UUCCUAGUUACUUACCGUCCACAACAGUUCUAGUGUCCCAUUCAUCAGCUCGAUCAUGGUCACUGGCAGUCAUCGCAGGAGGGAUCUAGGGUUUCCAGGGCGACGCGAGGUGGAGCAUGGCGUGGAUGCGGCGCCGCUGACGCGCAUUCCCCCAGGUACCGCCAGGCGCGCAAUGCGCCGCUCGCGCCUACCUAGUGGGCCGCGGGAUUCCCAGAGCAGGCUAGAAAUUUGCUAGAUUUCGCCCCGGAUUUCAUGUCGGUUUGCUGGAUUCGAGCGCCUCGUCUCACCAUCGGGGAUGAUAUCUUCCUCCUCUCGGGCCACUGUAGUAGAGCAGCAGCAGCAGCAGCACAGGAAGAGGAGCUCCGUGUGUAGCGUCAACACUGAAUUCCAGGAUGCUCUCAUCCCCGACUUAAACAUCGCUCACGUCCCUUCUUCCUCGGACGAGGAUGCUGUCCCGGCCACCGGUACUCUCACCACCACUACCACUUCUCUUCCUGGAGCUGGAAGUCUAGAAGAACAGGAAGAACAGGAUAAAAAUCUGGAGCACCAGCGCCCAGCGGUAGCAGUAACAAUCACCGAAGCUCCAGCCCCGAGCUGGUUGCCGGAAGGCUGGAUUUCCGAGUGUCGGACGCGAGCCGAUGGUCACAGAGAUAAGUACUACAUUGAGUCGUACUCGGGCAGACGCUUCCGUUCCAAAGUCGAGGUAUUCAAGUACUUGGAGACGGGGCUCCCGCCUGCGAGGUGGAAGAGGAAAGGGAAGGGUGUAAACACUGCUACCACCUCCACUGCCCUGGGUGACCCCAAUGCUCCUCGCUCCUUGGAGCAGCACCGCGAGACACUUGGAGGGCUGUAUACGUCGGCCAACAACAACAGCUUCAGCACAGGGGCGGAUUUCUUCGUCGCCAAAACUUCGUCGAGCGUUUCGGCCAGCGAUACUUUCAAUGCCUCGCACGCAAGCUUCGAUGGCUUGCGGGGCGUGGCAAUGAACGGGAUUGCGCCGCCACCUCCGGCUGCUUCAUUUUCCCUCCAUCGAAGCGGCCUCGACAUGGAGCAGCACGCGAAGAAGCCGGUUGUUUUCGACUACUGGACGUCAACUUUAGGUGCUGCUGGUGGUGCUGCUGGUGGGUCUGGCGUCGUGACGAGCUUAACUUCUUCGGCGGCGCCGCGUACUUCCUCGACGUCGUGGACAGAAAACUACAAAGUCGGGAACACCUUUAUAAACGGGAUGUCGUCGUCGGUUCCUUCCUUCGUCGGAUCUAAGGCCACCACUUCCGAUACUCCGCACUGGUUGGACCGGAUACUAAACAAGCCUCCUCCGGCAGCAAUCUCGCAGCCGGCCUACAGUUUUGGUCUCACCGGAGGCUUCGUCCAGUCCCCGCUCCACUACCUCCAGAACGCGGGUGCCUUUCACAACAACUGGCUCAACCUCAAGCCGCCAACAGCGAUCACUCAAUCCGACUACGACGUCCCUUGGAAGUCCCGCUCCUGGUUCGACAGAAGAGAGCCCGACAGGCUUGAAAGGCGAGCCACCAUAAAUCUAAACCAGCCCCUCGUCGAUCCAGACGAGGAAGCCCGCGCGCAUUACCCGAGCGAGUACCAAGCAGAUCACAGGCACAGGCACGACUACUCGAGCCACGCUACGAGCUCGCUGGAGAACUUAUGGAAGAAAGCGGUGCCCAUCACUCUGGAGCACAGGGAAUACGUUGCGUACUCGAACGGGAGCAGAGCGAGCAAAUCCUCGGGAAGCCAUCACCAGCAGCAGCAGCAGCAGCAUCACCACCACCAGCAUCAAACGCAGUCGCAGCAGCAGCAGCAGCCACAGCAGCAGCAGCCGCCGCAGCAUCACUCGCAAAAACACGAGGUGGGAGUGAAGAAGAAGAUUGAUCGAUACCAAGAGAAGAAGAGACUGGAGAGAUUAGGAACUAGGCUGUGUGAGCAAGGGCUGGCGAGGCUCGUCCAUGAACUCAAGGACCGGCGGCGUGGGAUUGACUUGAAUUAACCUUCCUCUUAAAGAAAAAGAACUUUUUAGAGGAGUAAAAUUCUUAAUAGAAAACUACCUUUAAACUUA